AUGCUCCGUUUCACAGCAGCAGGUGUGCGUUUGGUUAUCACGGACGGGGCAUGCCCUUGGACUCCUGCUGCUGCUGCUACGGCACAGUUCGUCUCCAGCGUGCUGACGUGGCAGUCCGCACAGCUGGCGCUCCAGAUGACUGCCACGUGGCCCUCCUCCAUCCGGCCAAUCCUGGAGGUCCAGCUGGCAGUGAUUCCGUGGAAUGGGGGGAACGAGGAGAGUCGUCAAACGGCAACAGGGAGAGCAGAGGGAGCAGAAGCAGAAGAGGCGGUAUCAGGGGGAGGGGAGGGAGAGAGUGGACAGGCAGCGGGAAAAGGGAUAGAGGAAGCAGUAGAAGGAGUGGCGGCAGCAGCAGGCAGUGUGGUAGCAAACGGUGCAGCGGAAGGCAGUGCGGUAGCAGACGGUGCAGCAGCAGAGGUGAAUCUCCGGAUUCCCUCCUGGGCGGCUGCUGCUGUUACCUCUUCUUCUGGUUCCACUCCACACUGCACUGCCACUCUCAAUGGGGGCCGCCUACCCUGCCCCAAGCCAGCCACCACUCGUUCCAUUCCUCCUCUCGUUUGUGUUUUACUGCCACCCCCCCUUCCCUUCUUCCCCGUCUUUU